GAUCGCGAAAAGCCGGGAGGAUGUUGAAAAGAAACGAAAACCCCGAAGAAAAUAGUAUUAGCGCGCGUCGUCUGGCUGUGGGGUUGAGAAGUAGAGGGGCGGUAUUUCGGGGUUUGGCGGUAGUGACAAUGCCAGUUCCUCGCGGGCGAGUUGGAGUCGAAGGCGACUAUCGAGUGAGACGAGCAGCUGCCAGCCCUGGCUCAUCGUGUAGUGCCUAGUGAAACGAAAUGACGGGCUCGCGGCUGAGACCCGCGUUCUUCGUGGGCCUCUUCCUGGCCCUUCUAGUCGUCGCCUUACAAGGAGUGCAAAGCGAACAAGAGCUAGAGGUGCCACCGGAGGAUCUGUGUCGACCGUACAUUGAAAAGGCGUUAAAGGAUCUCGGUACAGGAUCUUUGGAGCAGACCAGUGCCGAGGUUGGGACAGGCGACGAUAAAGAGAGUCACGAAGAAGAAGGAAAGGCUGCGAGCGAAGAAGAGGCCGAGCCAACAGCAGCCGAUGUUUCGACGGAAGAUUUGGCAACGGAGGAGAACAAACAGGAGUCGAUAGAGGCAGAGGCAGAAACAGAGGCUGAAGCUGCGGAAAGUGCCGAACAACCCGAGGAUGAGGCAGACGAAGCGUCAACGGAAACUGAUCAGAGCGCGGAAGGCGAGGGAGAGCAAAGUGCCGAAGCGGCUGAAACCGAACAAGGUGAAGCUGAACAGGCAGAAGGCAAGUCCGAGGAAGCGGAUGCGGGAACGGACGAGGACAAGGGCGAGUCCCCUGAGAAUGUAGACGAGGAUGCCGCGGAUUCGAGUCAAGACCAAACCGAGGAAGAAAAAGAAGAUGCGUCUGGCGAAGAAACGCAAGCGGACGAAACGAAAUCUGAAGAAGAAGCGCGGGUAGACGAUGAAAAGCCCGAGGAAGAAGCGCAGCCAGACGAAACGAAAUCGGAGGAAGAAGGGCAGACAGACGAUGGAAAAUCCGACGAAGAAGCUCAGGCCGAGGAAGAAUCGGCUCAAGAAGCGAAAUCCGACGAGGAGCAAUCCGAAGCAAACGAAGCUAAAACGGAGGAGGUGAAGUCUGACGAGGAAGAAGAUUCCAAGGCGGAAGAAGAAGCUUCCAAAGAGAAAGAGGAAGCAGAGGCUGCUGCUUCGAAGGAGGAAGCUGACACAGAAGAGACAGAGGAAGAUGCGAGCAAGGCAGACGAGGAUGCGCAGUCGCGGGAACAACAAGCGAGCGCGGAAGAAGGAAAAGAAGAGAGUGCGGAAGGUCAAGUAGAAGGAGAAGAAGAAGAUAACAAGGGAGGCAAAUUUGAGGAAGAUGAAGAAUCUAAAUCUGCGGAAGAAGAAGGAGAAGAAGAAGAGACGGAAGCCAAAUCCGCGAUAGAAGAAGAUAAAUCAGCCGAAAAAGGCAAGUCCGAGGAAGAAGAAGACGAGGAGGUAAAAUCUCGAGGCAGGCGAGAAGCUGGCCAAGAGGGAGAAGCAGAAGACGAGGCUGAAGGUUCAGAGGAAGCUGCCGAAAGCGAGGAGGAAGAGCCCACCCCCGAGGAAGACCUGAUACAGGAGAUCAUGGUGCCGGAGACCUUGAGACCGCGCGAUCACAUCAAUCAGCUGCUAAAACUGGACGAAGAGAACGAGGAGAAGGAACGAGCCAUCCAGAAAAUUGGCGACGUUGUCCUCAAGGAGCUAAAGAGGGUUUACGAUAACGCCAUUCAGCCGUUAGAGUCGUUGUACAAGUACAGGGACUUGAGCAACCGGCACUUUGGUGACCCAGAAAUAUUCUCCAAACCGCUGGUUCUGUUCAUGGGUCCGUGGAGCGGUGGGAAAUCUUCCAUCAUAAACUACUUGCUCGAGAACGAGUACAAACGGACAUCGUUGAGGACAGGAGCCGAGCCAUCUCCGGCCUACUUCAAUAUUCUAAUGCACGGCGAAGAAGAGGAGAUCCUCGACGGGACGCAGCUGGCCGCUGACUGGACCUUCUCAGGAUUGCAAAAGUUUGGCCAGGGUAUGCUCGAUCGUCUGAAGGGCUUACGACUCGACAACAAGCUGUUGGAAAAAGUGAACAUCGUCGAGAUCCCAGGGAUCUUGGAAAUCCGAAAGCAGGUCCAACGUUUGUUUCCGUUUAACGACGCGUGUCAGUGGUUCAUCGACCGUGCGGACAUCAUAUUUUUAGUCUACGAUCCAUCGAAAUUGGACGUUGGACCGGAAACCGAAGCGAUCCUCGAUCAACUGAAGGGCAGGGAGUAUCAGACACGCAUCAUUCUUAACAAAGCCGAUCAAGUGAAACCAGAGGAACUGAUGAGAGUGCAAGGAGCUCUGAUCUGGAACAUAUCGCCGCUAAUGUCCAGCGCUGAACCGCCCAUAAUGUACUCCACGUCGCUGUGGUCGUUGCCGUACGAGGCAGGUGCACCCACCAGGUUAUUGUAUGCUCAAGAACGCGCGUUCCUCCGCGACCUGCGUACCGCCAUUGAUAAGCGAGUCGAGCACAAGAUAGCGAGCGCCAGAAGAUUUGCUGUGCGAGUGCGCAAUCACGCUAAAAUGGUAGAUUGCUAUCUGACCACGUAUUACAAUCACAAGACGUUCUUUGGAAACAAGAAGGAGAUCAGCGAUAAGAUCAUCGAGAAUCCCCAAGACUAUCACAUUUACGAGGGCUUGAGUACUCUAAAGAACAUAUCGCGUUACGAUUUGCCCGACCCGGAUGUUUAUAGAGACUUUUUCCGGCUGAAUCCUCUGUACGACUUCCCUUUGCUGAGCUCGACGUGCACCUACUUCCGUGGAUGUCCGAUCAACAGACUCGACGUAGCCAUCGCCUACGAAUUGCCCGAACUCGUAGGCAAAUACAAAAAGUCUGUAGAGCAAGUGACGCACGAGUACGAGACGAGUCCUCCUAGUUGAGUGUGAUUGAACGUUCCGCGACAGAGCUCUCGACGCCAACGUAUGGGAGCGGGCAAAUUGUACAAAAAUAAAUAAAAGCGAACGAGCGAGAGGAAACGAACAUUAGCGUAAGUUCAAUACUCGAGGCGGUACAGAGAACUUUCCUUCCUGAAACAGAAAAAUCCAGCUAGGCUCGGAUUGCUCUUAGAGAAAAAUCCAACUGGGUCCUAGACGAAGCGGAGAAUGCGAGACCUACGUAGAGCUCCUCCGGAGCACAACCUUGCACGAUGCACUAGACAAUUCAUUCGAGGAACGAGGACGAGAAGGAGAACGAGAACGAGAACAGAUGCAGUUUCCAAGUAUGUAGCCGUAUACCGUUGGUUGUGCAGGUAAGCUGUCGUGUAUUUGCAAACCAUACAUUUACAAAGGUAUACUCAAUGCACGCUUAAAAGCGCAUCGAUGGAUUGCAAGUAGAUGAUUUACCGAGAUACUACUUGUGUGUUUGGAAGACGAUACAAGUGUUACCAUUCCGAUCUAAAAUGGACAGUGAAUUUCCCUUGAAUGUGUUUUAAUACAGCUUUGAUCAUGCAGUUUUCGAAAACAUAUCACAGCAAUAGUGGGUCCUACUAAUACGUCAAUAAAAAGUUGAAAAUACGAUCAACUCGCGCGACAGACUUCUUUGAAACUUGGUGUAAUGGUUCCGACGAUUAUUAUACGGUACUGUGAAACUUGAACCAUCCGACGCGACGAGACCAUGCGACGGAAACAAGAAUUACUUGCAUAUUACAAGUAUGUCAAAUAAAGUAUAUAAAAUAUUUCCAUUAAGAAAGAGACAAGAAUGAUCUCUUUUUGAGGCUUUUGUGAAAUACCUUGUAUAAAUAAAUUGUGUUCUUAUUAAAAGUUAUAAAAUAUUUAUUUAAAAAAGAAUAAUUUACGAUUAGUUACUCGAUAACAUAUUCCCAUGUUGGUAUGCAAACAAUAUUUUCGAUGUAAACGAAUAUAUUGUUUUGAUUUAGUAAAACGUUUGACCUUUGAUGUUCCUUGUGCAAAUUAAACGCCUCGUAUGAAAUACUUAUCGGUUUGCGUUGUGUUGUUAAUGCUCACGCGUGUGAUCGGCUUUUUUCAGAUAUGCCAAUUUCUAAUAUUGUCAUCAAAAUUAUACAAAAAUAUCUUAAUUACCUUUACUACAUCAACGAUAUUUACUUCGCUAGUGAGAAUAAGUUGUUAUUUUAUGUAAAUGUUACGUUAUGUAUUUAAGUUAAGUAGACUUAAUUUAUGUAUUUUCGAAUAGGAAUGUGUGUUACAAUUUUCAUUUGUGUAAAUGCGACAUCUCAGUCUCAAAUACAAAUUAUUCACGAAUAGUA